AUGGCGACCAUCGCUAUGUCAGCAAUUUUUCUAUUAUUUUUUAGUAAGCUAAUUUACUGCGAUACUUUUAAAUGUUAUCACUGUGCAUCUAUACUUCCUGAAUCGACCGCUUCUGAUGCUCGAUAUGCGCUCAGAAGUAUUCUCUAUUCUGCCUAUAAUUUGCCGCCUGUAAAUAAGUAUUGCGGCGAUGCACAAGAUAUUCAAUUUAAAACAAUAACUCAGAUCGAAUGUUCAUCAAACGAUCAAUGUAUUAAAAUAUUUGUAAGACAGGAAGAACUUUCGUUUGUUAUGCGGGGAUGCGAAAAUUCGUUAUAUCGCGAUGGUGUUGCUCGAAUGCCAUUUCAGUGCGCAACUAACAAAAGUCCAGCCGUUUGUCGCUGCAGAGAAAAUUUAUGCAAUAGUUCCUCUGGUUGGAAUUAUGUGUUCACCUAUAUUUUCUUUUUCUUUAUCUUUAAUUUACUGAUUUCAAAUGGUUUUAUAAUUGUUGCAAUCUAA